AUUCAAGACAAUGACCUUCCUUUUCUGCUUUUGAUUUUAGCAACAGAAGGCUGAGGAUUGGCCUGCCAGAUUACUAUUCUUACACCAGGCCUAUAUUUCAUGUCAUGAACACUGAACAGAGGAGAGGAAGCUUUCUUUAGAGUUUUGAGAUAACCACUGUCAAACAUCAUGGUUACGGAGCUGGGGAAGACGGUUGUUUUAUUAGCCUUGCUUUGUAUUGCUUCAAGGAUUGGGGUGGUGAAUGGCAAACGGAGCAUUCCAUCUCAGGGGAAAGAACUUGAAGUGGAGAAAAAAUUGAAGUCGCUCAACAAGCCAUUCAUAAAAAGCAUUAAGAGUGGAGAUGGUGAUAUCAUAGACUGUGUUGAUAUCAAGAAACAGCCAGCAUUUGAUCAUCCUCUGAUGAAGAAUCAUGUUAUCAAGAAGUUUCCCAGUAUUCCAACAAUGGGUGCUAUUUCUCCUGUUCCACCAAGGCUGAAUUCUUCAAUGCCCUUCUCUCAAGUUUGGCGCAGGAGUGGGAGCUGCCCUGCUGGAACGAUUCCGAUCCGCAGGGUUCUGAAAUAUCACUUGCUAAAUUGCUCUUCCCUUGCAAGAUACGGGAUGAAAAAUUCUGGUAUGGUCAUGAAGCAUGGUUUUCUCAUUCACGGUCAUACAUUUGCAUUGGGAUUAGAAAAUAACCAUUCAGUUGUGGUGCUGCACAUUGGAGGUUUUAACUUUCUUGGAGCAAAAGCGUACAUUAAUGUGUGGAAUCCUCCAGUUGAAGCUGAUGAUGAGUAUACCACUGGUCAAAUUUGGUUAAAAAAUGGACCUGUAGAUAACUCGGACACCAUUGAGGUUGGAUGGAUGGUUAAUCCUUCUGUUUACGGCGAUAGGCAAACCAGACUAUUCAUAUACUGGACUGCUGACUCCGGAAAGUCAACUGGCUGCUUUGACCUACUUUGCUCUGGUUUCAUUCAGAUGAACAGAGAUGUAGUUCUUGGUGGCACUAUCACGCCUAUGUCUUCAUUCCACGGGCUACAAUCUUACAUAUCCUUAGAAGUUUUCAAGGACCCCAAACAAGAUGCAUGGUGGCUGACAUUUAAUACAAACAUUGUCAUUGGUUACUGGCCAAGCAAAAUCUUCAACCACAUGCAAAAUACUGCAGGGACCUUGCAGUGGGGCGGUGAUGUCUACAGCCCCAGGAUGCACACCGGGGGCACAGCCACCGGCAUGGGCAGCAGCCACUUUGCAUUCGAACACUGGAGUAUGGCUAGCUUUAUCGCGCAGCCCAGGAUGAUGACAACCUCAUUGGCUUAUGAGUACCCCAAAUCUGCAACUGUUGUUGCCACGGAAAUGAAAUGCUAUGCUGGAGAGAUCUAUUCCGAAGGCUCCGGCGAGGAACCAUUGUUCUACUUUGGAGGCCCUGGACUGAAUAUGUUCUGUCCUUGAGCAUGCAACGAAGUUCUUCUGUUGAAAGACAUAGACUGUGACUUCAAACUUAGGUUUUAUUAAGAUGAAUUGUAUGGUAGCAUUAUCCUGGUCUAUCAUGUUGGAAUGAAGAAUUAUGUGAUGAUCUUUAA